AUGGGUCAGAUAUUGUCACAGCCUGUUACCGACAAAGACUCGGCAAGUGGUCUGGAUAGGUUUUUAGCCUAUGGGUUCUCAUCGAUGCAAGGCUGGAGAGUAAACAUGGAAGACGACCAUGCAACGAUAUUGGAUUUACUGAAGGUGAAGCCUUUGAAAAAAGAAGAGGGCAAGGAAACGGGACAUGCAGGUGGUGAGGGACAAGAACAAGAACGGGAGCAAGAAGUAGAUGAAGAAGCGGUAGUAGCAGCAGAUGGCAGAAACAGCGAUGCUAACCAUAUUGCGUUUUUUGGCGUUUAUGACGGUCAUGGUGGGGAAAAAGCAGCACUUUUUGCAGGUGAGCAUUUGCAUCAUAUAAUAAAAGACACAGCAGCGUUUAAAAACGGGGACUAUAUCAAUGCCUUGAGGCAAGGGUUUUUAGAUUGCGAUCAGGCUAUAUUGAAGGAUGUCUUUAUGAGGGAUGACGAAAGUGGAUGUGCCGCCACUUCUGCGAUAAUAACGCCAAAGACUAUUGCAUGUGGGAAUGCAGGUGAUUCAAGAACCAUCAUGUCGAUAAAUGGCUAUGCCAAGGCAUUGUCCUAUGACCAUAAACCAGCAAAUGAAGGGGAAAAGACAAGAAUCACCGCUGCUGGUGGCUACGUUGAUAUGGGCCGCGUCAAUGGGAAUUUGGCCUUGUCUCGAGGUCUCGGUGACUUUGACUUUAAGAAAAAUGCAGACUUACCGGCUGAGGAACAAAUUGUCACUUGCUACCCCGAUGUCAUUCUUCACAAUAUAAAUUUCGAAGAAGACGAAUUUGUAAUUUUGGCAUGUGACGGUAUUUGGGACUGCUUAACAUCUCAAAAAUGCGUUGAAUGUGUUAGAAGAGGAAUCUACGAUCGGAAACCAUUAACGGAGAUUUGUGAAGAACUAAUGGAAUUGUGCUGUGCUCCAACGUCAGAUGGCUCAGGUAUCGGGUGUGACAACAUGUCCAUUAUUAUAGUGGCUUUAUUGGACUACACCAAAAACGAAACUUUAGAAGAAUGGACUGAAAAGAUUAUCAAAAAGAUUGAACUUGCCGCAACUGAAAGCAAAGAUGAACCUAAAGUCUACGGACCAAUUUCCCAGCCUUAUAGUGUUCUAUAUAAAGAGAUGUAUGGUGAUCAGUAUGAGAUAGGGCAACACUCGGAGCAAGGUUUAGGUAAUAGAGGCAUGGGUGGUGGUUUCAUGAAUGGCAACUCCAUAUUCGGCCAAGGUGGAUACGACGAAGAAGACGGACCUUCUGGAGAACGCGAUGAUGGCGGUGAAGAAGACGACAGUGUUGACCCUGGAAUGAACAGUGGAGCUAUCUCCUUGCUGAAAUUAUUAUCAUCAAACGCUAUCACGAAAGAGAAUGGUGUCAUAUACUUGGACACAUCCUCGGCUCAGUCGCUAUUGGCUCAUUUCGGCGUUGGUGGUGGAGAAUCAUCUCAUCGCGAAGAUAUUCAACAGGUGGAGGAGGUUGAUGACGAAGAUGAUGACAGCGAAGUCCACUCGAGGAAUGUCGAGGAAGAUGAUGAUCAUGAUGAUGAUGAUGAUGAUGCUGCUGACGACGACGAAACGACGAAUUCUAAAUUCGAGGAGGUUAAAGAUGAAGAUGAAGAUGUAGACUUGAGCGACAAGCCCAAAUCCGAUUAA